CUAGUAGCCGUUUGCCCCUCGCCGCUCUCCGUCGCCUCUGACCCUCGCCGUUGCCGUCGCUAUCGCCGUGGCCGUUGCCUACGUCUAUUGCACCACAAGCAUGGUGAAUCACUGAAAGCCUAUGCCGAUUUUAAUUGAGUAAAGAUGGAGGAGAACCAGCUAUCCAGAGAAAAACAACUUAUAUUUUGGAGGUUCAAUUUCGAUCAGACUUCAUAAAGUAGGCGAAAUCUGUUAUCUGUGAUGCCUCGUUAUAGAGGCGAUCUACCUGCUGUCCGCGUAUACACUGUUUGCGAUGAAUCCAAAUAUUUGAUUGUGCACAAUGUUCCAUCCCUGGGUUGUGGUGAUGAGUUGUCUAAGUUAUUUGAAUCUUAUGGAGAGGUUGAAGACUGCAAACCCAUGGAUGCUGAAGAUUGUGAGCCCUUCACUGACAUUUUCUGGAUCAAGUUCCGUCAUGUUAGCAAUGCCAGGUUUGCGAAAAGGAAAUUGGACGAUUCUGUUUUCCUAGGAAACAAACUGCAGGUAUCAUAUGCUCCUCAGUUUGAGAGUCUCCCAGACACAAAAGAGAAACUAGAAGGCAGAAGAAAGGAAGUAAUGGCAAGAUUAAACAGUCAAAGAUCUGGUGUUCAUCAGGCAGAUUCUCCAUCAAUGACAAGUGGGAGUUCCGAACCAAAGAAAUCUAACCACAAAGGAUUUCAAUACAGGAAUUCUGAACAAGUAGAGCAUGUCUCUAGCAAUGAUCCUUUGAUCAUGGCUAGGGUUUCCUCCAAUCAGGAUUAUUUCCCAUCCCAAUCAAUGAAUAAAACUGUCCACAUGGUUAGGGAGAAACUGAAUAAGAUACAAUCAAGCUCUGAUAAUUUGGAAGGUGGUGGCCCUUUGAAGAAACCUAAACCAGACAACAGAAGAAGAAUCUGACAACCAAUCCUUCCAUUCUAGAAUCAAUCCAACAACCUCCUUCAAUUUGGAAGAAUAUUCAUAUAACCUAUGUCCAAUGUUAGAUUUGCUUCACCAAAGAUCAUGGUGGAUGUACUUAAU